GCUUCGAACUUCAUGUCGCAUACGUUCUUCAGUCCGUGUUCCACUGUUCUUUAUAAGUGUCCAAAGGCACUGUUCACAGUCUCAGAGAGAGAGAGAGAGAAGAGAGAGACCCACCAGCAGCAGGUGUAAAGCAUUCAGCAUCUUUUGAUCUUUCUCGUCACUACCCUCCGUCCACGUGCGUCCUCUCAGACAUUCACAGGUCUCGCCGAUUAAAUUCCCUCUCCGUACGUAGAAGCCGCCAGAGUUAUUUAAUAUUUUUUGAGUUGGGCUUGGUUACAAUUUCAAAAAGUUACUGAAUUUAUUUCUUCCAUUGAUGGAUAUCUCUCUGGAGAUCGUGAAUGUAGCGUUUUUCGUAGUGUUAUUGACGUGGGUUUUGCUUGAUAUUACGAGGGGAAGAAGAAAUGGUAGCCAAACAGGUUUGAGAUAUAGAGCAGAAGAUAGAGGGUGUAAAUUUUCUGAUUUGGUCACCUUUUCUGCAAAUGCUUUAAUCUCAAGUUUUUACCUUGGUUUUGGGAUUUAUGAGUAUUGGGGUGGUGGAAUUGUAAGCUGUAAAUCCAUCUUCUCAGGCAUGACUUGGGUUUUUGCCACAGUAAUUACAGUUUACUCAAUGAAUUACAGAACUCACAGUGAGGCAAAAAGGUGGCCUUUGGUCCUCGGUUUCUGGUGGAUAUUUUCCUGCGUUUUUUACUCACUUUCUGUGUGCUUUUACCUCGUUGCUCACUUCCAAUCCUACAAUUUCCCACAUAUUUUCCCAAAGGCUAAUUUAGUCGAUUUCGCUUCGUUUCCUUUGUCAAUACUGCUUUGUUUUUGUGCUUUUAGUUUUGUUCAGAAAAGCAAUGACCUUAAACACCCAUUGCUUGAGAAGGAAAAUGAAAUUCCCUCCCAAGAGAGUGAUACUUUUACCAAUGCUGGAAUUUGGAGUAAGGUUACGUUUCAAUGGCUGAACCCGCUUUUCAAACGAGGUCGAAUCCAAAAGCUGGAAUUGCCUCAUAUUCCAUCUGUUCCUCCCUCCGAAAAAGCAGAAUACGCGUCCUGUUUGCUCGAUGAAUUGCUGACGAAACAGAAGAUGGAGGAUUCUUCGUUGCCAAACUCCAUAAUGCGGGCAGUGCGAAUAUCAUUAUCCGUUAACGGUGUUUUUGCAGGAGCCAAUACGGCUGCAUCAUAUAUAGGUCCUUUUCUGAUUACAAAUUUCGUAAAUUAUUUACUCGAAAAGCAAGACAAUUCAAGCAUCCGGCAUGGACUGAUUCUUGCGUUAGUAUUUUUCGUUGCUAAGACAUUGGAAUCAUUGAGUCAAAGACAGUGGUAUUUUGGUGCUCACGUAAUUGGUGUACGAGUACGAGCAGCCCUCACUGUGUUGAUUUACAAGAAAUCUAUUUCCAUCAAGUAUUCCGGUCCAAGCAAUGGUAAAAUUAUUAAUUUGAUCAAUGUGGAUGUUGAAAGAAUAGGAGACUUCUGCUGGUACAUUCAUGGCGUUUGGUUGCUCCCGCUUCAGGUAUUCUUAGCCUUGGCUAUCCUUUACAGGAAUCUUGGUGCAGCACCCUCUGCUGCGGCACUUCUUUCCACAAUAUUGGUCAUGGUAUGCAACAUACCGUUUGCUAAUGGGCAAAAAAGGCUUCACUCCAAGAUCAUGGAAGCGAAGGAUUCAAGAAUCAAAAUAACAUCGGAGAUUCUGAAGAGCAUGAGGGUAUUAAAGCUACAUUCAUGGGAGUCCACAUUCUUGAAGAAGCUGCUUCAACUCAGGGAAACAGAGAGGGAUUGGCUGAAGAGAUACCUUUAUACAUGCUCGGCGGUGGCCUUUCUCUUCUGGGCUUCACCUACUCUAGUUUCAGUUACCACUUUUGGUGUUUGCAUUAUACUAAACACACCGUUAACAGUAGGUACUGUAUUGUCCGCUUUAGCUACUUUCAGAAUUCUACAAGAGCCUAUCUACAACCUGCCAGAGCUCAUUUCCAUGAUUAUGCAGACAAAGGUAUCGAUUGAUCGUAUCCAAGAAUUCAUCAAAGAAGAUCAAAUGAAGCUGAAUCCUUGCCAUACUUCAAAAACGUCCAAUGUCAUGAUUGUUAUUGGGAAGGGAGAGUAUGAGUGGAAAAGAAGCAAUCAAAACUUAAAGAAACCUACAAUCAGAAUUACGGAGAAAAUAAAAAUACCAAAGGGAUACAAGGUGGCAGUUUGUGGCUGUGUUGGUUCUGGCAAGUCAAGCCUACUAUUGAGUAUACUUGGUGAGAUUCCCAAAAUUUCUGGGCCAGGAGCAAAAGUGUAUGGAACAAAAGCUUAUGUUCCACAAAGUGCUUGGAUUCAGACUGGAACGGUAAGGGAGAAUGUAUUAUUUGGCAAGAAAAUGAAUAGGGGUUUUUAUGAGGUUGUUUUGGAAAUUUGUGCCUUGGACCAGGAUGUCAAGAUGUGGGCAAAUGGAGAUUUGACUGUAGUGGGGGAGAGAGGGAUGAACCUAAGCGGGGGACAAAAGCAAAGAAUUCAACUUGCGCGAGCUGUGUAUAGCGAUUCAGAUGUUUAUAUUUUGGACGAUCCUUUCAGUGCUGUUGAUGCACAUACCGGAACACACCUGUUUAAGAAAUGUCUCUUGCAACAUUUGUCUCAGAAGACUGUUAUCUAUGCUACCAACCAAUUAGAAUUUUUAGAGGCAGCAGACCUUGUCUUGGUAAUUAAAGAUGGUCAAAUUUCUCAGUCUGGAAAAUAUGAAGAUUUAAUUGUGGAUCCCAACAGUGAACUUGUCAGACAAAUGUCUGCACAUAAAAAGUCAUUUGAACAGGUUAACACAUGCCAACAAGAUGAUUCCUGUAACAGCAGACCUCAUCAAGUUAAUCUAAUAGAGGUUUCGGAAGAAAAGGAGCCUUUUAACAACGGCAACCUUUCAGAAAAAAGUCAUGAAGAAGAAGCGGUAACUGGUCGAGUAAAAUGGCAUGUUUACUCAUCAUUUGUCACUUCUGCUUAUAGAGGUGCUCUUGUCCCGGUCAUCCUUCUCUGUCAAAUCCUCUUCCAGGGAUUACAAAUGGGCAGCAAUUACUGGAUUGCUUGGGCAGCGGAUAAAGAAUCCAGGGUCAGCAAACAACGGUUGAUUUGGGUAUUUGCUCUGUUGUCUGGUGGGAGUUCCAUCUUCAUAUUGGGAAGGGCAGUUUUUCUGGCAACUAUUGCUAUUCAGACUUCUCAGCGUCUCUUCCUAGGAAUGAUUACUUCAGUUUUCCGAGCACCAAUUUCAUUUUUCGACUCCACACCUUCUAGUCGAAUCCUCAAUAGGUCUUCCACGGAUCAAAGCACAGUAGACAUGGAUAUUCCAUACAGAUUAGCUGGAUUAAUAUUUGCCCUCAUCCAGCUAAUAAGCAUCAUCAUCCUUAUGUCUCAAGUGGCCUGGCAAGUCUUCAUUCUUUUCCUUGUCGUUCUUGCACUCUCCGGCUGGUAUCAAGCUUAUUACAUUACCACAGCCAGAGAACUCGCCAGGAUGGUCGGAAUUCGAAAGGCUCCAAUUCUCCAUCACUUUUCAGAAUCAGUAACAGGGGCAGGAACAAUUCGGUGUUUCAAUCAAGAAGACCGUUUCUUGAAAAAAAUAAUGGCCCUGAUCGAUGAUUAUUCCCGCGUAGCCUUUCACAAUUAUGGCACUAUGGAAUGGCUAUCUGUUCGGACAAACUUUCUGUUCAACCUUGUCUACUUUCUACUUCUUAUCAUCUUGGUGAGCUUGCCUAGGUCUGCCAUUGACCCUAGUUUGGCUGGACUGGCAGCUACCUACGGUUUGAACCUAAAUGUCCUUCAGGCUUGGGUAAUAUGGAAUAUGUGCAAUGUAGAAAACAAAAUGAUAUCGGUCGAGCGAAUUCUUCAAUUCACAGAUAUACCAAGUGAGGCACCGCUAGUGAUUGAAGAUUGUAGACCGGCGCCUGAAUGGCCUAUGGCUGGCAGAAUUGAACUUGAAAACCUUCAUGUGCAAUAUAAUCCAGCUCUCCCAACCAUUCUCAAAGGGAUCACUUGCACCUUCCCUGAAAUGAAGAAAAUAGGAAUUGUGGGCAGGACAGGGAGUGGAAAAUCCACUCUAAUCCAAGCUCUCUUCAGAGUAGUAGAACCCUCGGGAGGACGGAUUCUUAUCGAUGGUGUUGAUAUAUCUAAGAUAGGUCUGCAGGACUUGAGGUCAAGGUUGGGCAUAAUUCCACAAGACCCGACAUUAUUUCAGGGAACCGUGAGGACCAAUCUGGAUCCUUUGCAACAACAUUCUGAUCAAGAGAUAUGGGAGGUUAUCAAUCAAUGUGGACUGGCGGAGAUUGUUAGGCAGGACCAAAGGCUUCUUGAUGCUCCUGUUGAUGAAGAUGGAGAAAACUGGAGUGUUGGACAAAGGCAGCUUGUGUGCCUCGCUCGAGUGCUCUUAAAGAAAAAGAAAAUUCUUGUGUUGGAUGAGGCUACAGCUUCUAUCGAUACAGCAACAGAUAUUGUAAUCCAGGAGACAAUAACGAAAGAAACGAGUGGAUGCACCGUGAUCACUGUGGCUCACCGGAUUCCUACUAUUAUUGACAACGACUUGGUUCUAGUUCUUGAUGAAGGCAAGGUUUUGGAGUAUGAUUCUCCAGCUCGGUUACUUGAGGAUAGUUCUUCGGCAUUCUCCAAGUUAGUGGCAGAAUUCUUGAGGAGAUCUUCCAAGCGCAACUGCUAAAGCAAUCCAUGAUCAUAACGAUUUGGUAGAUAAUACGCAUGAGCCUUAAUCAUUCCAAUCUCUGAAAUGAUUGGCGGCAUAAUCCGUCUGCACAGGCCUGUGUUUUAUCAUGCUAAUCCAUGCAAGGGCACAGACCAAGUUGUAUCAGAAUAAAAAUGUUUCCUUCGGUUGAGUAUAGAAAAUAUGGAUGCCAUAGAGGCUCGGGAAGUAGAGGCGCAUCUCUGUAACUCCCGAAUGAUGUAGUUGGUUCAAGUUAUCAUUCUCACUACCCAAAUGUUGAAGUGAAUGGAUGAAGGAUGAAGGAUGAGGUUCUGCAACUGAAAGUACAGUACUGAUGGUAAUUGAAAAUCCGGAAGGACCUGCUGCUGGGACGGCAAAGUUUUGGAAUCCCCAACCCGAGUUGAAGUUCGGUGCCUAAAGUAAACUUUAACCACACCAAAAAAUUGUAAUUGUUAAGAGAGAAAAAAAUAAAAAACUUAUCUCUGUAUCACCUUAGAUAUCCUUAAUUGACUGCAGCCUAAUGCAAUAUUUGAAUUUGACAGUCAAUUUAUUAUUUGAAUUUCAAAUGUGCAAUAUUGUAUUACGUCUUCCUGUUUGAUCAAGAGCUUGGAUCUCAAUCCUAAAGCAGGAGCAAAAAUAUGGCUCAAGUGAUGAACAUUGAGAUCACCAAGAAGGAAACCACGAAACCAUCCUCUCCAACUCCCCACAGCCUCAAAAGCUUCAAGGAGCAUAUGGUCAUCUGGUUCUCUUGUACCCCAACAAUGUCAAUGAGGUUGCGACGAAGGAAUGAUCUCAGCAGCUGAAGAAAUCACUCUGGAAACCUUAACCCGGGCCAACCUCUUGCCGGAAGAAUAAAAGAUAACAUAUUUAUUGAUUGCAAUGAUGAGGGUGCUGUUUACCUUGAGGCUCUAGUUAACUCCCUUCUCUCAUCAUUCCUUGAUCAACCCGAUUUUGAUUUUCUAGAAUUGUUCCUUCCAAUUGAGAUUGGAACCUCUGAAGCAGCAACUGGGCCUCUUCUACUUGUUAAAGCAGUUUCUUUGAGUGUGGUCGAUUGGCCAUAAGCGUGUGCUUUGCACACAAGCUUGCUGAUGCAUCAAUGCUUGGCAUUUUCAUCGAAGCUUGGUCUGCCACAUCUCUUGGUAUUGGUGACACUGUGGUUCCAGACUUCAGCAAUGCAGCAACCAAGUCCCACCUGGAGAUUUCUCAAUGCUGAGGCCUUCCGUGGAAAGUUGAAGGUAGAAAAGUGUGUCACAAAGAGAAUUUUAUUUUUAUUUAUUUAUUUAUUUAUUUUAUGAUGGACCAAAGAUCAGGGAUGCAUCCAAAUUAAGUUAAGGGUGUCAAUGGUGUUACAAUCCAUGAACUUACGCGAAGGGAUUGUGCCACCAUCGAUAGGAACGUCAGUGGGAACCUUGUAGGGUACUACACUGCAAUGGCGGACAAGAGUAGGAUAGAGUUAUUGGUUUCUCAAAUAAGGAAGGCGAUGAUCAAGUUUAAUAAAAACCAUCCCAAGAGGAAUAUAUGUUCAAGUUUAAUAAACUUGUAGGGUACUACACUGCAAUGGGGAAUAUAUGUUCAAAGUCAUUUGCGAGUAUUUCAAAGAGAUUGGAAGCAUUAUGAGAAGAGAUGACACAAACUUCAUCUGCACAAGUGUAUGGAACUUUGGAAUAUAUGAGAUUGGUUUCGGGUGGGGAAAGCCAAUUUGUGGGAGCUUCCCAGCUGGUGCCCUCAAGAAUUAACGUUGCUACUUUGAUGGACACCAGAAAGUGUGAUGACCUGCACGGAUAAGUUUAAGUGAGGAAGACAUAGCUUUAUUGAACGUGACUCGGAGCUUCUUGCAUAUGCUUCUUUGAAUCCAAGCGUAUUUGAACCUGUAACAAGGAGCUCCUCUUUAAUUUUUGAGGAUAUCGUUUGUGUUUCUUUUUUGUUUUUCUAAAAUAAUAAAACUGUUCCUUCAUGUUUGGUUCAUAA